UCAAGUAACAGUUUCUAACCUGGAGGAAUGGCCGUGCCGUUCAUCCUUGCGUUGUCUCAUGGACUUGACGUGGACACUUGUACGUUUGUUCGCAAAAUUGCGCUUCCAGUACUUAGUCACUACUGUAGUACCUCAAAUUCAACGACUGACUUUCGUUUUCCAGUCGUGCACAAUCGACCGUAAUCGUAUCGUUCCACCGUCAACCGUAGAUUUGGCUUCGAAUCCGACUGAUGACUCACACGUUGGAAAAGUCCAAGUUGAAUGAAUGAAAUUCUCGUUUGGUGCGACUUACGACCACUGUGAGUACGAUUUACCUUUACCGUACCGUAGGGCUCUUCCGAUCCAUUGCCCUCUCGAUGUCAUUCCUUUCAAAAUCGUUUGCACUUACAACAGUACCGGUACGAGGGAGCGGACGAUGUCGAUCUUGGCGGGCAUGAUGAACCCAUCUCUGCUGGUGUGUUGGCUGGGUGUAAUCUUGGGUGCAGGUCACAAUGUUGCCCAUGCCUUUGUGGGGGGCCGCACAACGCAUACGGCGAGAGCGAAGACGACGGCAGCAACAAUAAGGAAGGUUCAACAUUCCCUGAACGCUGCUCCGAAAAUAAAGCAGAGCCCGGAACAAAAGGCUCGGCGCAAAGAACUUUUGAAAAGAGACGGGCCAUACUUCAAAGUUGACAAACUGAGCGGAAACAUUGAAUUCGGCGCCGCCACCAAACUCGUGACGGAUCUCUCGCAAAACAAAGACGCCAACAAGGAAUCGAUCGAGGAAUGGUUGAGUGACAACGACGGAAAAGGAUUGGCACUCUCGAUUUGGGACGAAUCGCUGAUGGAGGUCUUGCCCGACAGCGUGUACCGUUUGCAGACCAUGCCCCUAAAGUUCGUAACGCUCGAACUCCAGCCGAGCGUCGAUCUGCAGAUGUGGACUCAACGGGCCGGGAAAAAUCGCGCAGGACGCCAGCUCCCACCGAUUUUCAAGCUCAACUCGGUCGGGUUCGAGACCAACCUGAGGCUUCUCCCGGGGAUGGGGAUCAUUAGCUCCGAAUCCCUCGGCAUAUUCAUCGAGGUGGCGGGAGACCUGCGUCCCACGGAAGACGGCACGGGGGUCAAGGGAACGAUUUCCUUCCAAACCAAGGGCUCGCUGCCACCACCCCUGCGGUUGUUGCCKGACUCAGCCUUGAAGUUGGCCGCUGAUACAAUUAACGAUACGAUCGUUCAGUUUGCAGUCGCGUCUUUUGAAAAGGGAGCAAUUGACAAGUACAAUGAAUUCAUGCAACAACGAUCCUAAAGCACUACGAAUUAGACGAAGGACAGAUAGUUGACAUAAUUCACCGUCAAAAUAAAGCGUUGUCUCGAAA